AUGGCCCUCUCGCCAGUCUCUGCCUCCCAGGAAAAAGCUGGUCUCUUCAAGGAUGGGAGGGAUUGGUCAAACUCCAUCCCGGUCUACCGCUGGCCCGGCCCCGUCCACUGGGACCUACUGCCCGAAACUGGUCGUGCGGGCGUGGUGGCUGGGAGGCUGCGCGACCAGUCGGCCCUGGGCUCCUUCGUCUGGACCAGCGGCGCUUCUCGGCCCCGCAACCUGGGCGAGCUGUGUCAGCGCCUCGUACGCAACGUGAAUACUGGAAACUAUGUGUUCGUGGGCCUGAUCCUGUACACAGGUGGCGUCCCCCCCAUGCUGCUGGUGGCCUGGCUGCUCUUCUUUGCAUCCUCUAUCUAUAGCGCGUUGCGGUCCAAGUUUGUGCUUUUGGCGGGGUGGAGCCCAGCCCAUCAGUACGCUCUGGCCGAGGCCGUCUCCUUUCCCUUCUUCUGGCUGGCUGGUGCAGGCUCUGCCGUCUUCUGGAGGGUGGGCGCCACCCUCGUGGUCAUCGGCUCCCAUGCCGCCUUCCACCAGACCGAGGCAGGGAUGAGGAGGCAUUAG